AGAACGUCUUUCUGCGCUUUAUCUGCGCCUGCGCAGACCGGCUGCUCUGACCUUCGUUGAAUUGAACAUGUUCGCCAGGACCAGCGCGGCGGUGUUCCUCCCACAAUGUGGGCAGGUCAGGAACAUGGCUACCUUGAAGGACAUCACCAUUCGGCUGAAGUCCAUCAAGAACAUCCAGAAGAUCACCAAGUCCAUGAAGAUGGUGGCAGCAGCAAAGUAUUCCAGAGCUGAGAGAUCCCUGAAGCCCGCCCGGGUCUAUGGCACCGGUGCUAUGGGUAUGCAGGAUAUUAUCCCCCCCAAAAAAUGCACUCUAUAUUGCACCA